AUGAAUGCCCAGUGUGAAUACCAUGCGGGAAUAUCGGGGCAUUCGAUUGAGAACUGCACUGCGUUUAAAAAGGCAGUAGAAAGAUUCAUUAAGAUGGGGUUGGUAAAGCUUGAUGACCCAUCAGGACCAAACGUAGCAGGGAAUCCGCUACCCAAUCUGUCUGAUAAAGGGAUAAACGUAAUCAUUGAGAAUGGGGGAAGGAGGAUCAAAGAUGACAUUGCGAAGGUAAAUACCCCACUGAAAUGGGUUUGGAGGCAAAUGAUAAAUCGAGGCCUAAUCAAGCAAGAAUCAAAGCAAAGGCCCAAAGGAAUAGGGAGAUAUUGCGAGUUCCAUGCUAAAGAGGGCCAUGACAUUCAAAACUGUACUGAAUUCAGGGUCAUGGUACAGAAUAUGAUGGACAAUAAAGAGCUAGAAUUUUAUGAAGAGAUCAAAGGACUAGAAAAGGGAGAGGUCUAUGCCUCGGAGGAAGGACCCGCGAGAAAAGCUCAAAAUCGCCCAGUGGUGAUUAUUUCAAGACCAAGAAACACGGGAUCAGGAAUACAACUAGCGCCAAAGGUCAUAAUCCAAAAACCUGUAGCCUUUCAUUACCAGGAUAGCAAAAAGGAUCCUUGGAAUUAUAAUUGCAAUGUGAUGAUCCCGGGAGAAGAGAACCUGAUAAAUGCUUCAAAGGAGUGUAGCGAUGUAGGUUUCUAUACACGCAGUGGGAAAUGCUACGACCUGGCAAAUACAAAAGAGGAGUCUAUGAAAGGAAAAGCUGUGGCAGUUGAACAAGACAAAGCAAAGACGGCCAGAAUUGGGUCACAGGUUAACGAACCCGUGACUAAGAAUGAGGCUAGAGAAUUCUUAAAAUUCUUGAAGCACAGUGAGUACAACGUGGUGGAGCAAUUGCGUAAGCAACCGACUCGUAUCUCAGUGCUCGAGUUACUUCUAAGUUCGGAGUCACAUCGUAAUGCGUUGAUAAAAGUGCUAAAUGAGACUUAUGUUGCUAACGAUAUCUCUGUGAGCAAGCUGGAUCGCCUGGUUAAUAACAUAAACGCCGACAACUUCAUCUUUUUCAACGAUGAUGAGAUUCGGCCAGGUGGUAUGGGAUCUACCAAGGCCUUGCAUAUCACUGCCCGUUGCAAUGGGUGUACACUACCGGGGAUACUCGUUGACAACGGAUCGGCACUAAAUGUUUUACCCCUAUCCACAUUAAAUAGGCUACCUGUGGAUAGUUCUCACAUGAAAUCAUGCCAAAAUAUAGUGAGAGCAUUUGAUGGCACUGAGAAAAGAGUGAUGGGAAGAAUCGAGAUACCUCUAUUGAUUGGUCCAAGAGUCGUACCAUCGUCACUUCACCAAAAGGUGAAGUUGGUAGUAGAGGGUCGAUUGGUGACUAUAGGUGCAGAAGAAGACAUCAUUGCGUCAGUUACCGAUGAUAUGCCAUAUAUAGAGACUAAUAGUGAAGCGAUAGAAUGUUCAUUCCGAUCAUUGGAAUUCGUAAAUGCCACGUUUGUCAUCGAGAGAAGCAAAAUCCCAGAGCCUAAGAUAUCCAAAGCUACGUCAAUGAGCUUACAGCUAACAAUGGGAAAGGGAGCGUUGCCUGGAAAAGGACUUGGAAAAUACCUCCAGGGACGGGUCGAAGUACCAAUCCUGGUUAACAAACAGGACCAUUAUGGUUUGGGAUAUAAGCCUAAUGCGAGGGAAAGGAGGAAGGAGAUGGAGAAAAAGUCUUCAGAUAUCAACGAGAUGAGCGACGCUGUUACUGACUCAAGAUCCCUUUUUGAACAAGACGUGAGUAUAGAUGAUCCUCAGGAUUUUAAAGAUGACCAAGACAGCGUUUUGUCUCCAGAUCUGUUGAGAAUGGUGAAGGAAGAAGAAAAACAAAUCCUACCCUAUAAGGAAUCAGUAGAAGUCGUGAGCUUAGAAGAGGGAAGGAAUGUAAAGAUUGGUACUGGCAUCACUAAGGAAACAAGGCGAAACCUCGUUGAGUUACUUCAAGAGUUUAAAGAUGUCUUCGCAUGGUCCUAUCAAGAUAUGCCGGGGUUGAGUACUGAUAUCGUGGUACACCGACUGCCUAUAAAGGAAGAAUGUAAGCCAGUUCAACAAAAGCUUCGAAGGAUGAGGCCUGAUGUCUUGCUAAAAAUAAAGGAAGAAGUUAAAAAGUAG